AUGAGAGAAAUUGUUCACGUUCAGGGUGGCCAAUGCGGCAACCAGAUUGGCGCCAAGUUCUGGGAGGUUAUUUCGGAUGAACACGGCAUAGCCCCGACCGGUACCUACAAGGGGGACAGCGACCUGCAGCUGGAGCGUAUCUCCGUGUUCUACAAUGAGGCCACAGGAGGACGCUACGUUCCUCGCGCGGUCCUCAUGGACCUGGAGCCUGGUACGAUGGACUCCGUGCGCUCCGGCCCCUUCGGCCAGCUCUUCCGUCCCGACAACUUCGUGUUUGGGCAGACAGGUGCGGGGAACAACUGGGCGAAGGGCCACUACACGGAGGGUGCUGAGCUGAUUGACUCUGUGCUCGACGUCGUGCGCAAGGAGGCAGAAGGCUGCGACUGCCUCCAGGGUUUCCAAGUGACGCACUCACUCGGUGGAGGCACAGGGAGUGGUAUGGGAACUCUGCUCAUUAGCAAAGUCCGUGAGGAGUACCCCGACAGGAUCAUGGAGACCUUCUCGGUCUUCCCUUCACCCAAAGUGUCCGACACGGUCGUUGAGCCAUACAACGCAACUCUUUCUGUCCACCAGCUGGUCGAAAACGCAGACGAAGUGCAGGUCAUCGACAACGAGGCGCUGUACGACAUUUGCUUCCGCACUCUCAAGCUCACCACCCCCACCUACGGCGAUCUGAACCACCUCGUCAGCGCUGCAAUGUCCGGCGUCACCUGCUCCCUCCGUUUCCCUGGUCAGCUCAACUCCGACCUCAGAAAACUCGCUGUGAACUUGGUGCCUUUCCCUCGUCUCCACUUCUUCCUGAUUGGCUUCGCCCCCUUGACCAGCCGCGGCUCACAGCAGUACCGCGCCCUCACCGUCCCCGAGUUGACCCAACAAAUGUUCGACGCAAAGAAUAUGAUGUGCGCCUCCGACCCACGCCACGGCCGCUACCUCACGGCCUGCGCCCUCUUCAGAGGCCGCAUGAGCACCAAGGAAGUCGACGAACAAAUGCUUAACGUACAAAACAAGAACUCCUCUUACUUCGUCGAAUGGAUUCCCAACAACAUGAAGUCUGGCGUCUGCGAUAUCCCCCCCAAGGGACUCAAGAUGUCCGUCACCUUCGUCGGAAACUCCACCGCCAUCCAGGAAAUGUUCAAGCGCGUUUCUGACCAAUUCACGGCUAUGUUCCGCCGCAAAGCUUUCCUUCACUGGUACACUGGUGAGGGUAUGGACGAGAUGGAGUUCACCGAAGCCGAGUCCAACAUGAACGACUUGGUCUCUGAAUAUCAGCAGUACCAGGAUGCCACCGCCGAGGAAGAAGGAGAGUUCGACGAAGAAGAAGGUGCUAUGGAUGCAGAAGGCGCCGCGUGA